UGGCGUUGACGUUUCCAUUUGACGGCUGUCAGACUCUUUUACGUCAGGCUUUCAUUUCCGAUAGGGGUUUGUUAGCAGGCAAGAAAUUCCGGUCCAAAAAUGGCGAAAACAAAAAAGGUUGAGAAACGUAACAAAUCUGCCAUCAAUGAGGUGGUUACUCGCGAGUGCACGAUUCACUUGUCGAAGCGUGUACACAAUAUUGGCUUCAAAAAACGUGCGCCUCGGGCCAUUAAGGAAAUCCGCAAGUUCGCUGAGAAGGAAAUGGGCACCAACGAUGUGAGGAUCGACACUCGCCUGAAUAAGCACAUCUGGUCCAAGGGUAUCCGUUCAACUCCAGUGCGCGUGCGUGUACGUCUUGCUCGCAGGAGAAACGAUGACGAGGAUUCACCCAACAAACUGUACACACUGGUGACAUAUGUGCCUGUUUCCACUUUUAAGAACCUGCAAACAGAAAAUGUUGAAUCCAGCGAUGACUAAACAAAACUUUAAAAUAUUGCAUGAAUGAAGCAAUUAAAUAACAUCGUCCGGGUUUAGGAGUUUAUUAAAGUACAGAUUAACGAUAAUAAAUUCAUUUUUUAUUUGCAAAAACAACGUGAA